AUGGCAGAAAUUCAAAACGCAAACCCGACCAUCCUGAGUACAACCGACCUCCCAACCCGCCAGCGCAAAUCGUCCAAGGCCCAAAAUGCACUGGUGGCGGGACAGGAAUAUUACGAGGGGACGGUGUUCUACAACGAUCUCGCGCUGCCCGAUUUAACGGAUCCAUUCGCACUUCGCUCGUCGUAUAGCAGCAGUGAAUCCGAGAGUGACGAUAACGAUAAUGAUGAGAAUGUAUAUGAGGAGCCGAUUGACGAGCAGGAGAUAUAUGGAAUGGAAAAUACAGACCUCAUCUCAACAAUUUCCGAUCCCGAACACCCUAUAUCCCUCGGCUCCCUUGCCGUGGUCUCUUUACCUGAUAUCGCCAUCUCACCUUCUCUACCCGGCAACCCAUCCUCUCCUCUUCGCACAGUCACCGUCCUCAUCACACCCACAAUCACACACUGCAGUCUAGCGACCGUCAUCGGACUCGGUGUCCGCGUACGUCUGGAGCAGUCCUUACCGUCUAGGUUGAGGGUUGAUGUGCGCAUCAAAGAAGGCACGCAUAGUACCGCGGAGGAAGUGAACAAGCAGCUUGCGGAUAAGGAGAGGGUUGCGGCGGCGCUGGAGAAUGGGACGCUUAUGGGAGUUAUUGGGAAGAUGUUGGAGACUUGUACUUAA